CCCAUGAUUCCCUGCGGCGAGCUCUCUGCACCAGUCAAGAUGGCGGACAGACCAGUUCCCGUGGUUGAGAAGCGACUGAUGGACGUGAAACUGGGUGAGCUGGGAAGCUGGCUUGGAGGUCGAGACUUCACUCCAAAUGGCAUCAUCUCAGCCGUCCGCCGGGGCCACGACAGAUACUACAACAAGUACAUUAACGUGAAGAAGGGAGGCAUUGGUGGUGUAGCUAUGCUGCUGGUUGGCUACGUGGCCAUCAGCUACCUGUGGGAAUAUGACCACAUCAAACACGAUCGCUGGAGGAAGUACCACUAAGACCUUCAGCAGCCAUCAGGGGUUGAACUUGAAUCUUUGUUCCCCCGCUCUUUCUACUCUCAGCUCUGUGUUGAAUAUGUGACUGUUGUAACCAAUAAAAAAAUAUGAAGAUUUA